AUGGUCAGGCUCUCGGGGCAGUUUCGGAGGAGAAGAAAGGAAGGAGAAAGAAAGAAAGAGAGAGAGAGAGCAAUAGGAAAGCAAAGGAAGGGGAAGCCGCAUGGUGUGGAUUGUGGCACUGUUUGUGUGUGGCAUUCCGUCUGAUCGUUCCCAAUUUGCAGAGAAAAAAACCGUCUUUUUUUGCUACAAAACAGCAACAGUAACAAAUAUUGUUGCAAAAUAGAAUUGCAAUUACAAGGUAAUCGGUGGAAGGAGAGAAAUCGCCUUGGGAUCUUGUCAAUUGCAACAAUUCGCCGCUGAACUUCAUUGAAGAUUAUUGCGAUUUCCUCUUCGCCGCUGUUUCGUUUUAUUUGUUUUUGUGUGUGUGUGUUCCCUUCCUCCUCGACCCCCACCCACUCCCCCCUUUCCAUCACCCGCGGAAGAAGCGAUCAUGAUCUCUCCGUCGAGGCUUGCGGGUCUGGGAUUCGCUGUCGCCCCGUAACUCCGAGCCCGUUUCCUCGGCUGCUGAAGCUUCGAUCGUCCAGGAGGAGGAGGUGGAGGAGCAGCAGGAAGGAGCCUGGAUCCCGGCUCAAACUUCCCGAUUGCCCUGCCGCACCUUCCCAAAGUGGACAUACUAUUCCCCCCCUGUUUCGCUGCCUUCUCCCUCGGGACCUCGCUGCCAUUCUUUUUAGGAAACUGAAUCGUGACUUUUCUGUCUGUCUGUGAGGAGAAGCGGUCGCUGUUUUUUUAAACAUACAUUCUGUGUUUCCACACACGCCCCCCCCCCCGCACCACCAAAUCUAUGGUUCACCGGAGACGCUGCUGACUGUUGUACCAUGAUCUGCCUUAAUCCAGAGUGUGCUGUUGGAGCUCCCCUCCUCUUAUAACACAAAGGGACUUCUUUUUUAAAAAAAGACACAACCCCGUCGCCUGCGGCCCGGGAGGACUUGCUGCUUUGUUGUGGAGCAUUGGGAGUGGUUCUGAUCCUGAGCGGCGUGGCUGUGGACUCUUUACAGCUUUUCUCUUGUAUUGUGGGCUUGCAUCUUGUUCAUCAAUCGCUGGAAUCGUAUCUGUCUUUCUCUCUCCCACCACCCCCCCUGCAGUGGGGUUCCUUUCCCUCCACUCCCUACCCCCUUCCCCUACCGGGGAUACGUUGUUUAAAAGAUGUAUCCUCAAGGCAGGCACCCGGCUCCUCAUCAACCUGCUCAACCGUUCAAAUUCACCGUGGCCGAGUCCUGCGACCGGAUCAAGGAAGAAUUUCAGUUUUUGCAAGCUCAGUAUCACAGCUUAAAAAUGGAAUGUGAUAAACUGGCAAACGAAAAGACAGAGAUGCAGCGUCAUUAUGUUAUGUAUUACGAGAUGUCUUAUGGCCUGAAUAUUGAGAUGCAUAAGCAGACUGAAAUUGCCAAAAGGCUAAACACGAUCUUGGCACAAAUCAUGCCCUUUCUAUCACAAGAGCAUCAGCAGCAAGUUGCACAAGCUGUCGAACGUGCCAAGCAGGUGACUAUGACGGAACUAAAUUCGAUCAUCGGGGUACGUGGAGUUCCCAAUCUGCCUCUGACACAGCACCAUGCUAUCUACCCUCCUCUCACGCAGCAGCUCCAGGCCCAGCAUCUCUCCCACACCCACCCGCCCGCCGUCCAAAUGCCACCCCAUCCUUCCAGCCUGCAGCCACCAGGGAUUCCCCCAGUUACUGGCAGCACCUCGGGGCUCCUGGCACUUUCCAGCGCUCUGGGAAGCCAGGCUCACCUGUCAGUGAAGGAUGAGAAGAACCACCACGAGUUGGAUCACAGAGAGAGAGAAUCCAGCGUGAACAACUCCAUCUCCCCAUCGGACAGCCUGAGGCCCAAUGAGAGGAACAGCAGGAGUUCCUCUGAGUAUCUGGAUGCAAAGAAACGCAAGGUGGAAGAGAAAGAGGCCAUGAACAGAUAUGACAGUGAUGGUGAUAAGAGCGAUGACUUGGUUGUAGAUGUAUCGAAUGAGGAUCCAGCGACUCCUCGUGUCAGUCCCAGCCACUCACCACGGGAGAAUGGCCUGGACAAGGCCCGAGGGAUAAAGAAAGAUGCACCUAACAGCCCGGCAUCCAUUGCGUCAUCAAGCAGCACCCCCUCAUCGAAAACAAAAGAUAUUGGCCACAAUGACAAAUCAUCGACCCCAGGAUUGAAGUCAAAUACUCCAACCCCACGAAAUGAUGCCCCGACCCCAGGUACCAGUUCGACACCAGGGUUGAGAGCAGGGAAACCCCCAGGCGUGGACUCACUAGCACCAACACUUCGUGCCCCGAUCUCUUUGGCUGGCUCGUACGCUCCUUUUGCAAUGAUGUCUCACCACGAGAUGAAUGGCGCGCUGACCAGCCCAGGAGCGUACCCUGGUCUCCACAGCAUCUCGCCACAGAUGAGCGCAGCUGCGGCGGCCUAUCGGUCUCCUAUGGUGAGCUUUGGAGGUGUCAGCUUCGACCCUCAUUCCCAUAUGCGAGCUCCUGGACUCCCUGCCAGCCUUGCCUCUAUACCUGGAGGGAAACCAGCUUACUCCUUCCACGUGAGUGCCGACGGACAGAUGCAGCCUGUUCCCUUCCCUCCCGAUGCCCUGAUAGGGCCCGGUAUCCCACGACACGCCCGGCAGAUCAACACGCUCAACCACGGGGAAGUGGUGUGCGCCGUCACCAUCAGCAACCCCACGCGGCACGUGUACACGGGAGGCAAAGGCUGUGUGAAAAUCUGGGACAUCAGCCAACCUGGCAGCAAGAGCCCCGUAUCGCAGUUAGACUGUCUUAACAGAGAUAAUUACAUCCGUUCCUGCAAACUCCUUCCCGAUGGCCGUACGCUGAUCGUUGGGGGGGAAGCGAGUACACUGACAAUAUGGGACCUAGCUUCCCCCACACCAAGAAUCAAGGCUGAACUCACCUCCUCAGCGCCUGCCUGCUAUGCACUGGCCAUCAGUCCUGAUGCUAAAGUUUGCUUCUCCUGUUGCAGUGAUGGUAACAUUGCAGUCUGGGACCUGCACAACCAAACACUUGUCAGGCAAUUUCAAGGACAUACAGAUGGUGCCAGUUGUAUUGACAUUUCCCACGAUGGCACAAAGCUGUGGACAGGCGGCCUCGACAACACAGUGAGAUCUUGGGACUUGCGUGAAGGAAGACAGCUCCAGCAGCAUGACUUUACCUCACAGAUCUUCUCUCUGGGUUACUGCCCCACUGGGGAGUGGUUAGCAGUGGGGAUGGAGAGCAGCAAUGUGGAGGUGCUGCAUCACACAAAACCUGACAAAUAUCAGCUUCAUUUGCAUGAGAGCUGUGUCCUAUCACUGAAAUUUGCAUACUGUGGCAAGUGGUUUGUUAGCACUGGCAAGGAUAACCUGCUGAAUGCCUGGAGGACACCAUAUGGCGCCAGCAUAUUCCAGUCAAAGGAAUCAUCAUCUGUUCUAAGUUGUGAUAUCUCCGCUGAUGAUAAGUACAUUGUCACAGGGUCAGGUGACAAGAAAGCAACAGUCUACGAAGUCAUCUACUGAUGGCAGUGGGACUGAACGGCACUUUAGAUUUUGGAGUUCGGGGACCGAGUCGCUCUGGUUCAAAACGCAGCUUUUAAAAAACACAAACAAAUGGGGACGUAUUUGGCAUUGCCGUCAACCUAAUGAGGCCUAGUUAACUGAUUUGUUUACUAGGUUACAGACUGUCAGUCUGGAAUAUGCAGGACUUGUGACUGGAAGCAUUACAAAGUCUGCCUCUGAAGAAAAGCUUGUGGUGGCCUGAUUGAAUCAGAGAUGUUUUGAGUUUCAUAAUUUCUCCGAGGUUUGGUGUUGAAGACUUUCCUUUUCUUCGUUUAACCUGCAGCGAUAAAUCUAUUGAGCACAGAAAGCAGGGUUGUCCUGCUGAUAGAGCGUGUGUGUAAGAGACAGAGAGAGAGAGAGAGAGCUUUUUAACUUCUGAGUGAAGCAGUGCUUCAUUAGUUCUGGACAUAUUACACACGUGUACUGUAAAUAUGUGACAGUGGGCACGCUCUUACACCUGAUCCAGGAUGUGUCCAAGGACCAUCCAUCCGAUUGUGUUCUCACAGCCCAAUGCGAGUGUGGCAUCUGUUUCUCAUCCGAACUGAGAGAGAUUUGAAUCUUUUUCACAGAGAAAGGAACUUUCAUUUUCAAGAAAAAAUGGUGGUUUUGAAAUUUGUAACUGGAAUCGGAAGAGAAUUUGUUGGUUUGAAAAGAAUGGGCUGGGGUGGUAUUGUGGGAGAUGGGUAUAGAGAGAGGCAAAACUUAAUAGACUUGCAACAUCCUCCCAAUGGUCCAGCAAAUCCUCAAGUGUCUAUUUUUGAUUUAAGUGCAGCAUUGUCGAGCAUUUACUAUUCUCACCCUCUCCUGGUCUGAAGUAGAGGGGGAGAAGAGACACUUCUGGACAAUGCAAUGUUGGUGACACAGCUCAGGGAAUCUGUGGAACAGAUUUUGAGUGUCUUGUUCUUCUUAAAGUUGCCUCUUGAAUGCAAACAAAAAUUCUUCGGGCCUACUGAUGAUGAAUCUGGACUUUUCUGGUGUGGAUUUUGUAAAGUUCGGCCAACAGGUUUUAAACCUUUCCCCUUCCCAAAAUGGAUAUCUCUGCUUUGAACAAUCUGAAGCAUACAUCCUAGAUUCUGUUCAUAGUUUGGUUCUGGAUAUGCUCAAUUCCCAGGUCAUCCAUGGUACGGUAUUCCCAUAUUAAAGUGUCUUGGUUAUUUUUCAUUUUUGAACAGCAAGAGUCAAAUCUGGAUAGUGUCUCGAAGUAACGUGUGUGUGCACUGUUUCCAAUUCCCACUUUCAGUGCCAUGUCAGCACACUUUGGUAUUUAUUGCUCUUACAGCAGCAAAGAUCAGCUCGGGCUGUGGUUCCUGGCAAGGGGCAUGUGGGUGUGUGGGAAGGGUGUGGAGCUCAGUCUGUGAGGGUAUGGGCCUCUGUUCUGUAUUGGGUAUAUGGAGGAGUUGUCAGUGAGUGUAUAAAGAGGGUAAGCUCACCUGUGGUGGGCAUUUGAGGCUUCAGUGUGGUGGUGAACAUGAUCGCUGUGUGAGGUGGCAAUGUCUGGAGAUGGUACAUACAUGGGCAGAGGUGGUGUCUAUGGUGUGUGCAUAUGGAGGGGCUGGUGCCUGUGCUGGGUGAAAGUGCGGGUGGGAAUGGUCGAUAUAUGGGUGGAGGCAGUGUCUAUGGGCCGGAUGGGUAUAUGGAGGGGGAGGUGCCUGUGGUGGGUUUAUU